GCGCUCUGAUUUUAUAACAUCAAUAGGUGUGCCUUUCAUCAAUUUCUACGUAUUUGCAGUGUCUGUCGGUUGUUAUAGUAUGGUAAAUUUUAAAGUUGGGUGACUGUCAAUACACUACCCAGCAGCCUUAGCCUCUGACCGACAGAAGCUGACGUCAUGUACUAAACAUCGACAGAAGUACUGGUGGUGGACGUGGCUCGUGUAUAUCCAAAUUAUGGAUUCAGAAGAGGAGACACUUUACGACGAUGUCGACUCCGGGAAUGAAUCAAGCGGCGACGAUGUUGAAUUUGCAAUGAUGGAAGUAGAGGCACCAAAUCCGAGAGAGAGGCAGCCUGAAGUUGAAGAAUAUCCUUUUGAAGUUUUGUCAACAGAGGAGAUCGUCCAGUACAUGGUGGAUUCUAUCAAAGAAGUGAAUACUGUUGUGGAGAUACCAGCUACAACAACUAGGAUUCUCCUGAACCAUUUCAAAUGGGAUAAAGAGAAGUUAAUGGAGAGAUUUUAUGAUGGGGAUCAAGAUCAGUUAUUUGCAGAAGCUCGUGUUAUCAACCCUUUCCGGAAGCCAUCUGUUAUAACAAGGCCAAAGAUAAAGUUGCCAAGGAAGGGGUCAGCAACAGGAACAGAAGAAUGUGAGAUAUGUUUUUCAGUCUUGCCAUCUUCAAUGAUGACUGGCCUUGAAUGUGGUCAUCGUUUCUGUGUCCAGUGUUGGGCUGAAUACCUUACAACAAAGAUAAUGGAGGAAGGCAUGGGACAGACAAUAGCCUGUGCAGCACACGGCUGUGAUAUUUUAGUAGAUGAUGCAACUGUGAUGGCUCUUGUCCGGGACUCGAAAGUAAAGUUGAAGUACCAACAUCUUAUAACGAACAGUUUUGUUGAGUGCAAUCGUUUGCUGAGGUGGUGUCCCUCUCCAGAUUGUAACAAUGCAAUCAAAGUGCAAUAUGUGGAAGCCAGGCCUGUAACAUGUAAGUGUUCACACACGUUCUGCUUCGCAUGUGGCGAGAACUGGCACGAUCCUGUCAAAUGCCACUUGCUGCGUAAGUGGAUAAAGAAGUGCGAUGAUGACUCAGAGACUUCUAACUGGAUAGCAGCAAAUACAAAGGAGUGUCCAAAGUGUAAUGUCACAAUUGAGAAAGAUGGUGGCUGCAAUCACAUGGUUUGCAAAAAUCAGAACUGUAAAGCAGAUUUUUGUUGGGUGUGCCUAGGUCCUUGGGAACCUCAUGGAUCUUCAUGGUAUAAUUGCAAUCGCUAUGAUGAAGAAGAAGCAAAAGCAGCAAGGGAUGCUCAAGAAAGGUCACGUGCAGCUCUCCAACGGUACUUAUUCUAUUGUAACCGGUACAUGAACCACAUGCAGUCUCUCAAAUUUGAACACAAGCUGUAUGCCUCAGUGAAAGAAAAGAUGGAAGAAAUGCAGCAGCAUAAUAUGUCAUGGAUAGAGGUUCAGUUCUUGAAGAGAGCUGUCGACAUCUUGUGUCAGUGCCGCCAAACUCUGAUGUAUACAUAUGUGUUUGCAUAUUAUUUAAAGAAAAAUAACCAAUCAGUUAUUUUUGAGGAUAACCAACGGGAUUUGGAAAGUGCCACAGAAACAUUGUCAGAGUACUUGGAGAGAGAUAUUACAUCUGAAAAUUUGGCAGACAUAAAGCAAAUAGUCCAGGAUAAAUACAGGUAUUGUGAUGGAAGACGGAAAGCGCUGCUGGAGCAUGUUCAUGAGGGGUAUGAAAAAGAAUGGUGGGAGUACACUGAGUAAUCAAAAUGGCUGGCACAUUCCUGUGACUAGCUAAAAAUGCCUGAGAGAAUGUAGCAAGCAUUGAAGUGGAGCACCGAGUCCCUGAGCUUGUGAAAAUUGCAGGAUUAAUGUUCUCUCGUUGAGCAAAGUUUUCCUACGUAGGUCCUUCAGAAGGACCUUGGCAACCUGUGAGACUAAGUUGUAUAAAGUGGUCCAGGUGUAGAGAAGAGAAAUAAAAAUUCCAUGUACAGUAAUUUUCCUAAGAGAUUGUCUAUAAUGAGACAACAGAAAGGUUACAAGACUGGGAAAACUCGCAGUCUAUCUAUCUCUCUCUCUCUCUAAUGUCAGGUUUUCAACUUUUUCAUUCAGCCACGUUUUUAGCCGAUAUUAAAUUGUACAUAACAUUUGUUUCUAUUAAUUCUACAGCUUCUUUUGGCACCGUUUUAUUAUAUAAAAUUUAUAUAUACACAUACACACAAACAUCAGAUUGUUUAGUUUUCAUGUGGUUGAGUGGUGUCGUGUAGUAUGUCGUACGGUGAAUCAUAUUAGUGCUUCAAGAGUAUCAUAGCUGAAGUCAGUUCAGCAGUUGAAGUGUGUGGAAUCAUUGUCACGUCAAAUGUGUGGAUAUGCAACACCAGUGUUUGCUUUGAUACACAACUGAUCCAAAUGACUGAAUAGAAAUUAAAAAAACAAAAAACAAAAAAAACUACCAUCAUGUUAAGCUCAGAAGCUCUCAUGAUUUAAGUCUUCCUGAACUGAAGCCUAAUUGUUAUGAUGGUGUAUUGUACCAUGUGUACUCUACUAUUACUAUGGCAACAUCUUACAUGUGUUGCAAACUGUAUGGUUUUAUAAACCGUAUGAGCAGAAUGGAACACAUCUUGUGUUUCCCUCCACGUGCUUUGCUUUUAAAUUGUGUACAGUAAGAGUCCAGUAUAUUUCAGAUUAUGCAGUCUGCUGUAUUGCUGGUGUGUGUGUGUCUAGCAUUUUAUUAGAAUGUUUUGACAGCUUGGUGACAUUUCAGUUUUAGAUCAUAAAACUGUGAUUACCUAUUUUAUUAAUUCUGUAUUUAUUUCUUAUCACAAUAAUUGCUUUCCAGAUUUUUGUCAGCAUUUCUGGAGCACUGUAUGGAAGUGUUUUUGAAUACUUUUUGAACAGUACUGUGACAGUGUAGGUAUUUGUGAAAGGUGACCUUCACUUAGAGGAUGUUUGAUUCAGUAGGUACUACUGUAGUAGUACUGUGUAGUGAGUGUGCAUGUGUGCAGGCUUUCCAUUUUAUGAUAAAAAGAAAAACGAUUGGUCCUCAGAUGAUUGUAGUCCUUGAAGAAAAAGAUUUAAAAAAUCUAUUUAUACACUAAGCAGUUAAUAUUUUUGGCUCAGAUCAUUCGUAUGUAUAUAUUAUUGUUAACACGCAAUGGCUGAUGUUACUGUUUAUAAAAGUAAACUUUUUAAAACUGAUUUACUCAGUUUGAGCAUUAGCUAACAUGAGUACUGUUUUCACUCUAGGUUGACUCAGAACAGUGUGAUAUUAGGCAGCGUACAAGCUACCUUUUACUUAAGGUAUUGAAGUAGCAGUGCUAUGAUGGUGUUGAUAUGAAUGAGCAACCGACAAAUAUAAAGAAAACAAACUUCUUUUCUCUUUGUUGAAUGGAGACUGUUUUAUUUGGAAUCACUUGUAAUUAUUGAUGAACCGUGUAUUAUGUUUGUUAAUUAUUGCAAUAAUAUGAUGCUUUCUUCUUAAGCAAUAUUAAGUAUCUAUGUCUUUUCCAUUAAUUUUGUUAUAUUUUUAAAUCCUCUUCAUAAAAUCACAAAAACCGUUUAAAUAAUUGCGUCCCAGAAAUUUGCAUCUGUCACUGUAAAAACUUUCCAGAUACUAAAUGAUCAGAAUUAAAAUUUCUGAUAAGUUUUAAA